GGGAGAGGAUGGAGAGAUGCGUGGAUCACGAUCACGGGAGGCUUUGAAUAUGACAUUACACCUUGCUUAAUUGAUACUCUCCUACUUUUACAGGAUAUUCUGCUACAAUAUAUAGGAGCUGCUUUGAGUUCAGCACCGUCGUACGCGUCUGUCUCCCAGUUGAACAGCUUCUUGGGCUUCGUGGACCGUAAACCUCGCCUCGGUCCUUCGCUGUCAUAUUAUAGUUUUACACGGACGAAUUUUAUUUAUUUAUUGAAUCCAGGAAAUGUUGGAAUGGCCGCCUCAGGAGCACAUAGGUGUCCGAAGAGUGAGAAGUUGGACGAGGCACAGGCUUUGGCCAAGAGCUGCGCGGGGAGACCAGACUUCCUGCCUUGUGAUGGACUCUCCAUCUGCGCUACGCACAGCCAUGGGAAGUGCUUUAAGCUGCACUGGUGCUGCCACUUGGGCUGGUGUCACUGCAAGUACGUGUACCAACCCAUGACUAAUGUGUGCCACCUGCCUAGCACAGCCGUGCCGCCUGUCGGGUCAGAGUACAGUAACACCAUUGACCUGUCUGUCUCUCUGGCUGAGCGCUUCCUCAAGCUCGCCCCCUGUUUUAAGUCCCCGCCUCACCUGGAGUCGCCCAAAUACUGCGUCAUCGCAGACCUGUUUGUGGACGACUACAUCGUCAAACGCAUCAACGGAAAGAUGUGCUAUGUGCAGCGUCCCCUUCCUGCAUUGCCCGAACCACCUCAUGCACCCACCCCUCCCCCAUCUGCUCCCACUACACCUCAGAUGCCCCAGAAUCCCCCUCAGCCUCGGCAAACAGUCAAGCCCACACCACCAAACCAACACACACCUGCGCCACCACCAGUCCAGCAGGUGUACAUUGAGCACAAACACCCAUCUCCUGUGGACAAGAUAAAGGGCACCAAAAUGGACCACUGCUCCUCUCCGUCCAGCUCCGAGGACUCCGGCAUCAACGCGCUGGGUCUGCACUACCUGGAAUCCUGUGAGGAGGAGAGCGAGGAGGAGGAGGAGGACGAGUUGAGCACAGAUGGAAACUCUAGCCCCGGCAGCCUCUGGGACCAGGACGACUGUUCUCUGCUCUCCCCAUCCAAGUCAAUGAUAGAAAUCAUCGAAAAGAUUGAAACAACUGUGUAGCUGACAUGGUGUUGUCAUUGACAGUGACUAUGUGGGCGUGUGAUACACGGAGCAACAUCAUAUUUUUGAGAACAACCCUCCAAGAUGUAUUUUAGAUGGACCAAUACAAAACAAACCCCCUUCAAACACUUCGGCAGGGCUUUGUCGGGUUGUCGAAUUUGUUUUCCUGCAGGUGACCAAGGACUGUACACCUGCACUCACACACAGCCUUUCCUCUGUUCACAUCCCCUGCAUGCAGUGAAUUUCUGCAACUUUUUACAACAAAGGAGAAAAGGAGGAAGCACAAGAAUAUCAAGCACAUGCACAAUGGACCAAAUGAUACAUGCUAAAUAUAUCAUGAAGAAUUUAAAAUACUCAAUCAAUAGUAGGUGCACUUCUGCAGGAGGAAGGUGAGAGAAAACAUGAGACAUUUUGUGUGAGGUGUGGUUUAUAUUACUGGAGCUAAAUAACAUGUGAACAAAGGUGAUAUAAGUAGGUUUCCUGAUGAUAAUAAGCAGUUAGAUAUUUCUCAGUGUUCUCCAGUUGUCGAUCUGGCAGCAAGACUUUACUCUAAUUCGACAUUCAAGUGGCAGAUAAGCACGCCAUUUCUUGUUCUCUGGUCAGUGGCUCCACCCACACAUAUAACUAAUUCUGACAUUUCAGUAUAAUAACUACGAGGCCAGCUACCUCUCAUGGCUCUAAAGCACAGCAACCUUUAAACCUGUUAAUUACUCAGCUCUGAGCUGUUGAACACAUGCAUUUAUCACGUUAAAAAGAUGUUUGGCUGUACUUGUCUGCACUUUAUUGACACUGACACAAAGGG